CAUGGAUAUAAAUAACCACAGGGACAUGCCCUGUUUGAUCCCUCAGCACCAUGUUAUUGACCCCUGGCUUUGUCAUCGAUUCCUUGAUCCCUUUCUCACGUACAUGGACUAUAUCCUCGUUUCAAUUACUUCCACGAUUGACCAUUUCUCAUAAUUUUUAUCCCAAUGUCGAUGAUAUCCCCUGCUACCAGUAAGGAUGAGCUGCCAAACGGAGAGGAGGAGCUUGGGAGCGAGGCAUCCGGCACCCACGCGACGCGAGCGGGCUUUCCUUUCACAGCGAGAAACAAGGUUUCCUUUUUUCGAAGCACCCUUUUCCAGAUCCUCGUCGUGGGCGUCUGCGCAUUUACAGCCCCUGGAAUCUGGAGUGCUAUGAAUGGACUUGGCGUAGGCGGCUCACAAAGCCCGGACCUCGUCAACGCUGCUAAUGCUUUGUUAUAUGCAUUCAUGACCGUUACAUGCUUUGCGGGGCCAUGGAUAACAAACGCAAUUGGGUUCCGAUAUACUCUUGCGGCCGGCGCUUUGGGAUAUCCACUCUAUGGCGCUGGCCUUUAUGUCAACAACCGCUCUGGCUCAACUUGGUUCGUCUAUUUUGGUGCCAUGGUUUGUGGAAUCAGUGCUGGUUUCUUCUGGAGUGUUGAAGGCGCUAUCUCCACUGGCUACCCGGAGCAGCAUAAGCGGGGUCGCUACAUUGCCACAUGGUUCACGUUUCGAAACGCUGGAAAUUUCAUUGGAGGGGCUAUCGCGCUUGCGAUCAACCACAGCGUCAACCAGCGCGGAAAGGUCGGACAUGAGACAUACUUGGCCUUUAUUGCCAUCCAGUGCCUUGGCUUUUUCUCCGGCCUCCUGUUGUCGAAUCCCGAGAAAGUGCAGCGCGAUGAUGGAACGCGCAUCGAGGCGCCAAGGGGUAUUCCGUGGCGCGAAGAAGCGAGACAGAUGUGGCGCCUCGUCACUAGUAGAUCAAUUCUUCUUCUCAUCCCUCUUUUCUGGUACUAUGGAUGGAUACAGGCGUAUCCCGGCACAUACCUUGCGACAUACUUCACUGUCCGAUCUCGUGCACUAGGAAGCUUUAUGUCUGCUGUCGUCGGGAGCCUGGCGACUUGGUUGGUUGGUUUCCUUGUUGAUGUUAGAUGGGCAAAGCGCAGGCAGACGCGAGCGGUAGUUACUUUCGUUGUCAUCGCUUUGUUGAACAGCGCGACGUGGAUUUGGGCGGUCAUUAUCCAAAACGAAUACCGCCACACAAACCCGACACUGGACUGGGGCGACCAACGGGCGUUUGGUCGUGGAUUCGGGCUUUUUCUCUUCGAACGUAUCAGCCUUAGCAUGGUUGAGAACUAUAUAUACUGGUGCAUCAGUAACCUAUCCGACUCGCCUGGCGAUCAGAUUCGUUACAGUUCUCUCCUCCGGGGAAUUGAAACAGCGGCGGUGGCUGUUGGGUUUGGAGUUCAGGCUGUUCCGACCGUUCUCAUCGCUACAGCGAGUAUAAACAUGGGACUAUGGUUUGUUGCACUGCCUUUUAGUUAUUAUGCUACUGUGCAAGUUGUUCGAAAGUUCUCCCAGCUCGAGACCCAAAGACAGGAGGAAAUGCGCACGGAGAGUUAGGCAGUAAAGUGUAAAUAGUGGCAAUAGAAUCAAUGAGAUUUAAUGUAUUACCCUUGGAA